CUCAUCUGUUAUUCAGAAGCAAACUACUGGUAAAUUUCGCCAGCCAAAUAAACAAAAGCUCCUCCUGUGUCACCGGAAAACCGAUCAUGACGCGCCUCGCCACCGGCGUAAUUCUCCUGCUGCUAGCUUUAUGCGUUGUCUCAUCCGCCGGUAGUCGAGAUAUCGUCGGAGACGUACUCCGGUUGCCAUCGGAGGCUUCCAGGUUUUUCCGACCUGGUGGUGCUCACGUCGCUAAAGAAGACGACUCAACGGGCACCAGAUGGGCGAUUCUGAUCGCUGGAUCUAAUGGAUACUGGAAUUACAGGCAUCAGGCGGAUGUUUGCCAUGCCUAUCAAUUGCUGAAGAAAGGUGGAUUGAAGGAUGAAAAUAUAAUUGUUUUCAUGUAUGAUGACAUUGCUUUUAAUAAAGAGAACCCAAGGCCUGGGGUCAUCAUCAAUAAUCCGUACGGCGAAGAUGUUUAUAAAGGUGUUCCAAAGGAUUACACCGGUGAAGACGUUAAUGUUAAUAAUUUCUUUGCUGCUAUCCUUGGCAACAAAACUGCUAUUACUGGGGGUAGCGGGAAAGUUGUGGAUAGCGGUCCCAAUGAUCAUAUUUUCAUAUACUACACCGAUCAUGGAGGUCCUGGAGUGCUAGGGAUGCCUACCAAUCCUUACCUUUAUGCUAAUGAUCUGAUUGAUGUCUUGAUAAAGAAGCAUGCUUCCGGGACCUAUAAAAGCUUGGUGUUCUAUCUUGAAGCUUGUGAAUCUGGGAGCAUCUUUGAGGGCCUUCUUCCCGAAGGUUUGAAUAUUUAUGCAACCACAGCAGCAAAUGCUGAAGAGAGCAGUUGGGGCACCUAUUGCCCUGGGGAGUAUCCCAGCCCACCUCCAGAAUAUGAAACCUGUUUGGGUGACUUGUAUAGUGUUGCCUGGAUGGAGGACAGCGAUGUACACAAUUUACAAACGGAAACUUUGCGCCAGCAAUAUCAACUGGUUAAAAGGAGGACUGCAAACGGAAAUUCUGCUUAUGGCUCUCAUGUCAUGCAAUAUGGUGAUGUAGGACUUAGCAAGGAUAAUCUCUUCCUGUAUAUGGGUACAAAUCCUGCAAAUGAAAACUACACUUUCGUGGAUGAGAAUUCCUUAAGACCUCCUUCAAAAGCUGUCAACCAACGGGAUGCUGAUCUUGUCCAUUUCUGGGAUAAGUACCGCAAGGCCCCUGAUGGCUCUACCAGGAAGAUUCAAGCCCAGAAGCAGUUUGUUGAAGCAAUGUCUCAUAGGAUGCAUUUAGACCAUAGCAUGAAACUAAUUGGGAAACUCCUUUUCGGAAUUGGAAAAGGCUCAGAGGUGCUGAAUGCUAUUCGUCCUGCUGGGCAACCUCUUGUUGAUGACUGGGUUUGCCUCAAAACACUGGUGAGGACUUUUGAAACACAUUGUGGAUCCUUGUCACAAUAUGGGAUGAAACACAUGCGCUCUCUUGCAAACUUGUGCAAUGCUGGAAUUCGGGAAGAUCAGAUGGCCGAGGCAUCAGCGCAAGCCUGUGUCAGCAUUCCAUCCGGUCCAUGGAGCUCUCUUCACAAGGGGUUCAGUGCAUAAUUGAAGAAUAUGCUUCUAUGUUCAGAAGUCAGAGAUAGUUCAGUUAUAUUAUACCAAUUUCGUGCUUGCUGUACUUUGUGAUUGUCUGUGCCAUUGCUUCUGUGUAAAUAUGAAUUAGAAGCACUCCUCUCUACCCAAAUGCAUUGUAAUGUAAUUUAAUGAUUAUUGAUUUGUAAAAAUGCCUGUAAAGUCCAUCAUGCCUGUUCUAUCAACCAGCGGUUUGGCAAUCUAUUUGGCAUGACCAUUCUGGACCCUGAAUUAAUGACAUUUCUAAAGUCCAUUAGAAUUUGUUCUA